AUGAAUCUCCUCCUCCCCCUCCUAGCCAUAUUGAACCUUACAACCGCCCACCCCACCGACCCCAUCACCGCCGCCCUCAACACCGCCCACAACGCCGCCACCUCCAUCAUCCAAAACACCCCAAACCCCCCCAACAUCAACAUCAACGCCAACACCCCCAACCUCCUCCCGCUCAUGUGUUCCCCCACCGGCACCAACUACUGCAACCUCGGCAUCGCAAGCUACGCCCCCUCGGGCAGCGUCAAAUUCCGCGAGAUGUACGUCUACGACCGCUCAUGCCGGGGUCUCGGCACUACCCCGAUUAACUCGGAUAAGGGCCAUUUGUCGGUGCAUUCGUUGUUGCCGUGGACUGUGGAGGUGGAUGUUACGGGGGGUGCGGGGCAACCGGAUGGGUGGUUUUGGUAUGCGGGGCGGAAGACGGAGUUGGGGAAGGGGUUGGUGUGUGGGGAGUGUAAGGGUUUGAGGGAUUGGGAGUGUUGUCGGGUUGCUUUUGAUUGUCGGUAG